AUGUCAGAGAUAGGUAAAAAGGAGGUAUUAAGCAGAAGUCUCCUGGUUGUUGGUGUAGCUGGACGAUUGGGAGAAAGGCAUGGACAUAUAAUGGGGAAUUUAUUCAAAAAGAUUUUAGAAAAGGAGGGAAAGCAAAAACGAGAAAUUUUAAAUAUAUGUCAAUGUAUAGUUGAUUGUCUUUUUGAGCAUUUAUUAACAUUACAGGAUACAAAUUUAAAGACUGAGGUUGUCAGCUGCAUUAGUACUAUAUGUCUAUUGAGUAGUGCUUCUCCUACACUUGCAAGAAAGCAUGUUGUUACUUUACAACCCUACCUAAAGAGUGCUAGCACGCCUGAAGAUCAAUCAAUUCUAUACUAUGUGUUAAUUAUAUAUCGGAGUGUCUUGCCACUUCUUAAACGUCCCAAUCCAAGUUUUUUAGCCGAGGUUGAGCAAGCUCUCAUGAGUUUAUUGACAAAAAGUCCACAAAAGGCUAGUAAUAUUCUUCAAGAGGUUGUACCAUGUUUAUGUGUUAUUGUUGACAAAUUAACACACAAUUAUACACGGUUAACAAAACUUUUGAAAUCUUGCUCUGAGAAACUUAAAUUGGAAAAAACAAAAUUAACAGCAGGUUCAUCUAUAUCUUCAGCUCGAAAUGUAAUGGUACUGCUUUUGAUUGUGGGUCUUUUAUGUAAAAAUUUUGAUUUUGACAAAAAACGGUUGGAAAAACCAGAUGAAAUGAAGGAUUUGAAUGCCAUUGACAAGGGGCCUAUAGUAACAGUGAUAUUCCAAUUGGUUUUAUAUUUCUGUAAUGAGAAUCUAUCUGAUACUGUACAGAAAAUGUCUUUACAAAGCCUAGGGUUCAUAUAUCUUUCACACCCAACCAUAAUGCUUAGACGAGAAAGUACUGAUUUGAUGGAUCGUAUACUAAACACAGGUGUAAUGGAUAUGAAAAUUCAAUUAAUGAAAAUGUUUUUAGAUUACUUAUUAUCAGAGCAGCAAAAAAUAAAUGCAGAUUUAGAAGACAAAAUAAAGGGCACACCAGUAGAUUUGAAGGUUUUAAUAGGGAAUGCAGAAGAAUUUGCAGAAGCAGGAGUAAGCAGUUCUAUCAUGCAACGAUAUCUUCAUCGGAUUUUAGAGUGCACCUUUGAUCCAACUCAGAGUCUAAAGCUUGUUGCCUUGGAUGUACUGGGCAGCAUCAUUCAACAGGGAUUGGUACAUCCUGUUCCGUGUAUGCCAACCAUAGUUGCAAUGGAAACAAGUCCAGAAUCAAACAUACGUGACAAGGCAUUCAAAUUACACCAACAUUUAAAUGAAAAGCAUGCAUCUUUGAUUCAUUCACGAAGUGUAGAAUGUGUAAAAAAAGCAUACAUUUUUCAAAAGCAAUUAAAUGGGAAUAAAUCGUUUGUUGGUGAGAAUCCUACGAGUUAUGCUUUUCGUUCAAAUGAAGGACAUCCUGAAGCUUUAAUCAAUCCAAUGUAUUCUCUUUUGAAAGAAAAAAGGCAACGUCGUAAUGAUUUUCUAAUAUCAAUUGUCAAAACUUUUGAUUUUGACUUGAAAAACUCAGAUGAAUCAAAGGUAGAUGUAAGUUUUUGCAAAUUUGUUGCAGAGAAUUUAGCUACUAUAGAUUACAAGACUAUUGAGGAGGUUUUGCAUAUUAUAUAUUGUAUAAAUCGAGUUUUAUCUGUUGUUGGAAUAACUAUUCUCCAUUCAAUUGAAUACAACACAAAGAGUAAAGAUGAUGAUAUAAAAAUGUCAAAUUCUCUUCAAGAAGAACCAAAAACAGAAAUCCAAGAACAAGGUAUACCAACUAGGGAUAAAGAUAAUAUUCUUUCAUUACCAUAUGCGGCUAAAGUUUCAAUCUGUAUGGCAAUACUAAUGCAUUUAAAAGACCACUUAAAAAAGUCCUAUGCACUAAGUGAAAUGAAAUGUCAAAGUUUCAAUCCAACACAAAGUAAUUCGCAUAAAGACAAACCAGCAUUACGACACCAAAAUUCUCCCUUAGUCAUAUCUUGGGAAGGGUUGCCUUUUGUGGAAAAACCCUUCACCACUGAUGAUAAUAUACUGGAACAAUGUGAACUGUUUAAAAAUCUUAUAUCUGAAGAUGGAACACAAAAAGAUGAAUUCGCAGAUGCUGAGCUAGAAAGUGAAAUUACAAACAGAUCUAAUGGGAUAGCUAAUGUUGAAUUUGAUAUCAAACCCAAACCUACCCCAAAAUCUUCAGGCACCAAGAAAAAAACAAGUGAUAAUA